AUUGUUCGGAAUAAACGCAAACCGUGACAGUUUGAAGCUGCAAUGACCCCAGGAGCCACUGGAGGGCACUCUAUCCCAGACGUGAGGCGAAGCAUAACCGAGCAGACGAUCUUCGGCGGUGAUGCGUCACUCUGUUGUGGUGGCGUACGGCCAUACUUCGCCACCAUGUGAGCGAGUCGCUCCGCGGAGAAAAAGACAAGUUGGAGUGAAACCUGGGAGCAGCGCCGCUCCUCUCAUCCGGAGAAACCGAGGAGUUUGCUGGCCCCUAUGAAGUGGCGGCGGAGUUACAAUGUACAUUUUUAUGCAACCUGAAGCUUUUCUUUGUCUACCUGGAGUUUAGUUGAAAGAGUUAAGGAUUGUCAGAAACCUCAUCAAAUUAAUACUCCCAGGCAAAAUUUGUUUGGGUCAAAGCUGUACCUGCUUGUGUGCUUAUGCUCACCACAAGACCUCCUUGCCGACACUUUAGCCGGGCCAGCAGUGAUGGUUGCUGAGGGUUCUUCUCAAAGCCAGUCAGCACAAACUAUCAGGAAGUUCUCAUCCAACUGGAGGUGACGACCCCAGAAACAAGUGUCUUAUCGAAGAAGCGACCCUGCCUCGGCCAUGCCCGCCAAGUCACCCCCCUGGGGAGGCGGGGAUCCCCGGCCUUCCUGUGACAAAGUCCCGGUCCCCACAAUGUCUGUCAACCCGAAGACUGUCCGAACCACUCAAGUGCCUUUUGCUUGUCAGGAGCUGACCAAAGCUCGCUCCUCACCCCCCAACUUUGCCUCAGCUCAGGAUCACCAGACCGGAACCCAGAGCCAGUCCGCUGCCAUGCCAUGUAGGCCCGCGACCCCACCGCCAAACACUAACGGCCUUCCGAAUCCAAACAUCCAAUCGACUGGAGUGAAGCAGGUCACUAGCGACUCCGUCCAAGUCGGCCCUUGCGGGGAUACAUUGGAACCUGUUGAUCAUGUGCAGAUGAACAAGUUAGAGCUUGAAGCUGCAGAAAGUUCCACCCCACCUUCAGUGCCUCCUGAAUGCCUUACUUCUUUUGAACAACCUGGGGCAGUGUCGCGUGAGGACACCCCCAGCCUUGACCAAGUGGACAUGGGCGCACCAACAAAUGCAAGCACGGCGACAAACUCUGCCAUCAAGUCCAGUCCGGGGCAAAACUGGCACGCUAAAUCAGACGCUGCCAACAAUCCACUGCAAGUUGUUGGGGUUUCUCUGCCGUUCUUUGGCAGUCAGCUCCUGGAUGCGAGCAAUAAACACCCGCAGAAUUUGGGUUAUGCCACCACAACCCACAACGGUCACAUUUCAAAUGUCCGCAGUGUCACUGCUGCAACGCAAAAUGAGCAGAAGGCAACACCAGGCGCCUUGGUGGGCUCUGUGACCACCAAGAUCUCCGCCAUCCACCUCACCAAGCAGGGGCGAGCCUCUGUGUCUCCGGAGUGCCCCAGUGCCUCAUCGGGACAGUCUGAGGGUGCCAGCCCAGAGUGUGUCAUGCAGGUUGAUGGUGGCGAGGAGGAGUUGCCUGACGAGCAGGAGAACGCCUGCAGCGAUGAUGAUUGUUCCGAGUCGUCCUCAGUCUGCGGUACUUCCUCCUCCGCAUCCAUCGUGAAUUGCUCCAGUGUCGAAGAGCCCAUGUCGUUGGAGGUGAAGGAUGAGCAGGAGAAAAGGCCGGCUCUCGUUCCCAGCCUUUUCGCACACAUGCCUCCCACGCUGUACUUCAGCACCGCCAAUGAGCAAGUUGAAAUGCUGCCCGAGGAGCAAAGACAACUUUUAAAGUGGAAGAUCAGCACCGUGACACCCAAUGUUGUGAAAAACACAAUCAGCAGGUCCCACUUCACGCCCACCAAGAAAAGCCAUGACUGGAUGGGCUGCUGGGGCCACCACAUGAAGUCUCCUUGCUUCAAGACUCUUCAGGAGCACCAGAAGUUGAACCACUUCCCCGGAACCUUCCAGAUUGGCAGGAAGGACCGGCUGUGGAAGAACUUGUCCAAGAUGCAGGUCCGCUUUGGCAGGCAGGAGUUCAAUUUCUUCCCUCGCACCUUUGUCCUCCCUCAGGACAUCCUGCUGCUCCGCAAGGCCUGGAAGGAUGGCUCCAGACAGAAAUGGAUCAUCAAACCUCCCGCCUCAGCGAGAGGAAUCGGAAUCCAAGUCAUUCACAAAUGGAGCCAGAUGCCACGAAAGAAAUCGCUUUUGGUCCAGAAGUAUCUGCACAAGCCCUACCUCAUCAGUGGCAACAAGUUUGAUCUGCGCAUCUACGUCUAUGUGACCUGCUACGACCCGCUCAGGAUCUACAUCUUCUCAGACGGACUGGUCCGAUUCGCCAGCUGCAAGUAUUCAUCCUCUAUGAAAACGCUGAGCAACAAGUUCAUGCACUUGACCAACUACAGCGUCAACAAGAAGAACUCCGACUAUCAGGCCAACAGCGACGACAAAGCCUGUCAGGGACACAAAUGGACUUUGAAGGCUUUGUGGCAGUAUCUCGGCUCCAGGGGAGUCAACACCACCUUAAUUUGGGAGAAGAUUAAAGACAUAGUCAUCAAAACCAUCAUUGCGUCAGAACCAUACGUGAACUCCCUGCUCAAGAUGCACGUGCGGACACCUUACAGCUGUCACGAGCUGUUCGGCUUCGAUGUUAUGCUGGACGAGAACCUCAAACCCUGGAUCCUGGAAGUCAACAUUUCGCCCAGCCUCCAUUCCAACACAGCGCUGGAUGUUGCCGUAAAGGGCCAAAUGGUCCGCGACCUCCUGAACCUGGCGGGUUUUCGGGUUCCUCAGCAAGACAUCUCCAGUGGCAGCACGUCCAGCACCAACAGCAGUCUGUGUGGUGGCACCAGAGAGACCACCCAUCCGGAGGUCUCGGUUGAUGAGAAGGUCAAACGAGCUUUUUACCUCAAAAAGCGCUUUGCUGACCAGGCCUUCCUGGCGACGGUGUUGGACAUCAUGACCCCCUCCGACGUACGCGUGCUCGCCGAGUCCGAGGAUGAGUUAAGCCGCUGCGGGGAGUUUGAGCGCAUUUUCCCCUCACCCUCGGCGUCUCGCUACCUGCGCUUCUUCGAGUGUCCGCGCUACCUCAACAUGGUGCUGGACCAGUGGGAGCGGAAGUACUGGAAGAACAGGAGUAAAGGUGUCAAUCAGCUCACGACUUUGUGCCAGAAAAGAGUUCAUCUGGGUACCAGUGAUCCUGCUCAUUUGUGGUCCAAGUGUAGCAACAUUUCCAAGUUUGACCACCACAGAGAAGAACCCGUCAACCCACCCAGACCCAGGGUGGUGGUCAUCCAUCAGCACCAGAUGGAUCAAGCCGACACGGACAACGGUUCGGACGAGGACGCCUUGGUUCCCAGCCCGCCCGUCUCACAGUCAAGUCCCUGGUCUAGUGGCAGCAGCAGUGCCUGCGCCAGUCCUCAGCCCAGCCUGUGAGGACUGUACCCACCACAUACACACACCAAGCUAAGGGUUUUAUCCCACGCCCUACCCGAAAGAGCAAGCAAGAUCUCACAAUUGCAACUGGUCCUCUAGAGCUACAGAUCGAUGGCAGCUAAAUGUUUCAUAGUCUUUUACAAAAUAUAGAAAUUUGGAUUCUUAUGGGGAAAACUAAUUAAUUGAACGAGCCAAAAUGUGAGUCAGUUAUACAGUGAAACCUACUGCAUUGUGUUACUGUAAUGGUGUCAUGUGUAUGAGAAAUACUUUUUGGUGGCAGUGAUGUAGAUUUGCUCUGGUGCUUCCAAAAAACACAGGGCCCACUUCUGUAGAACAUCAACACUGCCACAACAUGGCUUUCUGGAGUUGUCAAACACUUGUGCUUGAAAGGCCUUAAAACUAUUGUAAAACCUCACUUAGACAUGACUUACUGUGUCCAAGCUAUGUUGAGGCCACGCCCAGCAGUCUACAGUAUAGAUUUCUUAGUAUCUGACACACUCUGAUGCAAAUACCUUGUCACCGUGCUUAGUGCAACCAUAUCAAAUCAAAUCUACGGUGGAAUGGAUCGACCGCAAAUCAUGAUUUUAACCUUUUCUGUGUUUAAGAGAAAUUGUUUACAUUUGAAGUGAUUUCCUGACCAUGUUCAAGAAGGCGAGCAACAGACCUUAACUUAAUAAUCAAGUUGCCUUCAGCCUCAUAAACUACGACCUCUGGAAACGCUGUUCAAUUCUGUCAGGAGUUCUUAAGAAGUUUGUUGAAAGCUGCUAAAGGUUUCCAAUGGACAACCUCAUGGACUUGUUCAGAACCCAGGAUGUUCAAGACUCAUUCUUGUUUAUGGAUGCUGCUCUUAUAGUCCUUGACCAGAACCAGCUACAGAUCGAGCACUUCACCUUUUGACCUGUUGCUGGUCCUCAUAGGGAGCACCCUUAGACUUGACAGGUCUUACCACACUUGGGUACAUGUGACACAAAACCUGAGUAUUUUGUUGUGUGUGGACACUACUGAAGUGUUCAACUGCUCACUUUUGGAGCCUUAGGCCACCACUGGUUUUAGUAAAACUUAAUAGUAGUUUAUUUUCAUAGGAUUGUGCAAAAAGUACAGACCCCUUUUUUAAGAGGUGGCAUUAAUAUAGAAUCCUAAGGACAGACAUUCUGUGUACCAGACAUCAGUCUGUCAAACAGAUGGACACAAAAAUGAUGGCUCAUGUUUUAUUCAUUGUUUUCAAUGUAGUGGUAAUUAAUCCUUGAUGGAGUUGAACCAAGUUGCAUCCUAGAUCUAUGUGGCCAGCAGGUGAGAGUCCAGCCUUGGCGGAGGUUUACCAAAAUACAUUCUAGAUCUAAGAAUGUGGUCAUAAGGUGACCGAUCAGCCUUGGCGGAGGUCUACCAAGGGACUUCCUAGAUCUAUAUGGUCAUUUGGUGACAGUUCAGCCUCGGUGAAGGUCUGCCAAGUGACAGUCUGGAUCUAUAUGGUAAUUUGGUGACAGUUCAGCUUUGGUGAAAGUCAGUCAAGUGACAUACUAGAUCUAUAUGGUCAUUUGAUGACAGUUAAACCUUGACGGAGGUCCACCAAGUGACACUCUAGAUCUAUAGGGUAGUUUGGUGACAGUUCAGCCUUAGUGGUGGUCUACCAAGACACAUUGUAGAGCUACAGUAUAUGGUAAUUUGUUGACAGCCUUGGUGGAGAUCUACCAAUGAGCAUUCUAAAUCUUUAUAGUCAUUUGGUGACAGUUCAAUCUCGGCAAGGGUCUGCUAAGUGAUAUUCUAGAUCUAUAUGGUUAUUUGGUAACAGUAUAGCCUUGACGGAGGUCUACCAAUGGACAUCCUAGAUAAACAGUAGAUAGUCCAUUGGUGACUGUUCAGCCUUAAAGUGGUUUACAGAGUGACAUCUUAAAAUUAUAUGGUCAUUUGAUAAUGGUUCAGCUUUGAAGGAGAUCUACCAAGAGACAUUCUAGAACUAUAAGGUUAAUUGGUGACCGGUCACCCCUGACAGAUGUCGACCAAUAGACAUCUUUGAUCUGUAAGGUCAUUUGCUGACAAGUUCUACCAAGAUUUAGAUUACAUCUACAAGGUAAUUUGGUGGCUGUUCAGCCUUGACAAAGGUCUACCAAAAUACAUCUGAGCUCUAAAAGGGCAUUUGGUGACUGUUCAGCCUUGACAAAGAUCUACCAAUAGACAUCCUAUUGCUGUACGGUAGUUUGGUGACAGUUCAGCCUUGGUGGUGGUCUACCAAGACACAUUUUAGAGCUACAGUAUAUGGCAAUUUGGUGACAGCCUCGGCGGAGAUCUAUCAAUGAGCUUUCUAAAUCUAUAUAUUCAUUUGGUGACAGUUCAUUCUCGGCAAAGGUCUGCUAAGUGGCAUUCUAGAUCUAUAUGGUCAUGUGGUAACAGUUCAGCCUUGACAGAGGUCUACAAUGAACAUCCUAGACAUAUAGUAGAUAGUCCAUUGGUGACUGUUCAGCCUUGAUGAGGUUUACUGAGUGACAUCUUAAAAUUAUAUGGUAAUUUGAUAACUUCAGCCUUGAAGGAGGUCUACCAAGAGACAUUCGAGAUCUAUAAUGUAAUUUGGUGACCAUUCAGUCUUGACUGAGGUCUACCAAUAAACAUCCUAGAUCUAUAUGGUCAUUUAGUGACUGUUCAGCUUUGGCAGAGGUCCACCAACAGACAUCCUAGACUUUUAGGUUAAUUGGUGACCAUUCAGCUUUGACAGAGGUCUACCAAUAGACAUCUUUGAUCUGUAAGUUCAUUUGCUGACCAUUCAGCCUCGACGGAGUUCUACCAAGAGUCAGCUCACAUCUACAAGGCCAUUUGGUGACCGUUCAGCCUUGAUUGAGGUCUACCAAUAGACUUACAUCUAUGUGGUAAUUUAGUGACUGUUCAGCCUUGACAGAGGUGUACCAAGAGACAUCCUAGAUCUGUAAGGUCAUUUGGUGACUGUUCAGCCUUGACAAAGCUGUGCCAAUAGGCAUUCUAGCGCUAUAAGGUCAUUUGGUGACUGUUCAGCCAUGACAAAGGUCUACCAAAAGAGAUCCUAUAUCUAUAUGGUCAUUUGGUGAUCGUUCAGCCUUGAUUGCGGUCUACAAAGAGUCAUCCUACACCUAUAUGGUCAUAAGGUGACAGUUCAGCCUUGGCGAAGGUCUGCCAAGUGACAUUCUAGGUCUAUAUGGUCAUUUGGUGACAGUUCACCCUGGGUGAAGGUCUGCCAAGUGACAUUCUAGAUUUAUAUGGUCAUUUGGUGACAAUUCAGCCUUGACAGAAAUCUACCAAGAGAUAUUCUAAUGCUAUUAGGUCAUUUGGUGAUAGUUAAGCCAUGACGGAGGUCUACCAAGUGACAGUUCGGCCUUGGUGGUGGUCUACAAACCUACAUUGUAGAUCUACGUAUAUGGUAGUUUAGUGACAGCCUUGGCGGAGAUCUUUCAAUGAGCAUUCUAAAUCUAUGUAUUCAUUUGGUGACAGUUCAAUCUCGGCAAAGGUCUGCUAAGUGACAUUCUUGAUAUAUAUGGUCAUUUGGUAACAGUUCAGCCUUGACGGAGCUCUACCAAUGACCAUCCUAGAUAUAGAGGAGAUAGUCCAUUGGUGUCUGUUCAGCCUUGAUGAGGUUUACCGAGUGCCAUCUUAAAACUAUAAGGUCUUUUGAUUACGGUUCAGCCAUGAAGUAGGUCCACAAAGAGACAUUUUAGAUCUAUAAUGUAAUUUGGUGACCAUUCAGUCUUAACAGAGGUCAACCAAUACUCAUCCUGGAACUAUAUGGUUGACUGUUCAGCCUUGAUAGAGGUCUACCAAUAGACAUCCUACAUCUGUAUAGUCAUUUGGUGACUGUUCAGCCUUGACAAAGGUCUGCCAAUAGACAUCCUAGAUCUAUUUGGUCAUUUUGUGACAGUUCACCCUGGGUGAAGGUCUGCCAAGUGACAUUCUAGAUCUAUAUGGUCAUUUGGUGACAAUUCAGCCUUGACAGAAAUCUACCAAGAGAUAUUCUAAUGCUAUUAGGUCAUUUGGUGAUAGUUAAGCCAUGACGGAGGUCUACCAAGUGACACUCUGGUAGUUUGGUGACAGUUCAGCCUUGGUGGUGGUCUACAAACCUACAUUGUAGAUCUACGUAUAUGGUAAUUUAGUGACCGCCUUGGCGGAGAUCUAUCAAUGAGCAUUCUAAAUCUAUGUAUUCAUUUAGUGACAGUUCAAUCUCGGCAAAGGUCUGCUAAGUGACAUUCUAGAUCUAUAUGGUCAUUUGGUAACAGUUCAGCCUUGACGGAGGUCUACCAAUGACCAUCCUAGAUAUAGAGGAGAUAGUCCAUUGGUGUCUGUUAAGCCUUGAUGAGGUUUACCGAGUGCCAUCUUAAAACUAUAAGGUCUUUUGAUAACGGUUCAGCCUUGAAGGAGGUCUACAAAGAGACAUUUUAGAUCUAUAAUGUAAUUUGGUGACAUUCAGUCUUAAUAGAGGUCAACCAGUCUUGACGAAGGUCUACCAAUAGACAUCCUAGAUCUAUAUGGUCAUUUGGUGAUCGUUCAGCCUUGAUUGAGGUCUACCAAGAGUCAUCCUACAUCAAAAUGUCCAUGAGGUGACAGUUCAGCCUUGGUAGAGGUCUACUUCGCGAUACAUGUAGCAUUUAUAAAAAUAACAAAACUAAUGGUGGCCUAAGACCUUUUAGCGUAGUACCAAGUGUUGCAUACUUGCGUACUGCUAACGUAGCAUGGCCGUGUCCAUCAAUGUGCCUUGAUUGGAUUAGUAGAACUAUUAAAUCUACCUCUCCUUUUUAAACUUGAUUCAAGAAUCAUAAACCACCCAUGCAGAUUAUUUAUCAACCAUUUAAAAGUUGGCUUCCUGCGAAACUCACAAUGUUGUCAACACUCAAUUUCAAGAGUUACAUUAUUAUGCUGCUGUUCGGGGAUAAAAAAAAACAAGUGUGAAUUUUUCCCAACAUAACUGAAGUGUAAAACACAUUGUAUUUUUUUUUUUUUACUAAUGUGGCAAAUGAGCUUGAAAAUGUUGCUCAGGAUAACACUUUGGAAAUAAAAGUUACUCUCCCAACUCCUCAAUGUUUACUUAUAUUGAAUGAUUGUGAUGUCCCGCAAGAAGAGGGACUGGCGUGCAGAGUGGUCAACAGGAUGUGGUUGUAAACUAUUCAUAUCUGAGUGGCAGGCCAUGUAUUAAUAGUAGGAUGCAAUAAAGCAGCUGUGACUCUC